CCGUUCAUCUGAUGUUCAAGGGAAACACCAGGAUGUAAACUGACUGUAUGAAUGCCGAGUGGUUUCAGAGGCUUGCAGACCGAGCUUACCUGUAUGGCCUUUCCCUGGGAUGGCACAAGAAAAACUGAAAAAGAAGAAACGGGCUGGUGAAUGACAGUCCUUUUUCCUUACUCGUGAUGGAAUCAGCAGCAAUCGAAACCAUCCAGGCAAUUU